AUCUGACAUUGCGUAAAAGUCUCUGCCUCCGGCAAGUUAGAAGUUGCCCGUAUAUUUUAUCUGUGUCCAUUAUCUGUGUUUUCAAUGUGCCAGACAGAUUUAGGCUGCAUGUCAUUCAACAAACAUGGUCAGACGUGGCCCGAUAUACCUCAGGGUCUCCGUGGGUCUAGUCCUGAUCCACUCCAGUGGCCCUGUGACUGAAGACUACCCCCCUGGUUAAGAACUUUAGAUAUGUUUAUUUGGACAGGGAAAAAGGUAAAGAUGUGUGAACGGGGGAGUUUGGUGGAGGACAGAGAGGGGAGUGAGUGAGUGAGUGAGUGAGUAAGUGAGAGAGGUGGGAUCACGUUUCACUAAAAGCACACCGAUGUUGUUUUAACUCCUGCCCAGUUUCCUCCGGGCUAUCUUUUUUUUUUUCUGACUCACUGCCUGAAGGGGAGGGUCUGUUGGAACCCUCUCCGCCCGUCCCACGAGCUGUGAUUGGCCUUGAGACUCCUUAAUCCCGCCCUGCAAGUGUCAUCACAGACCCCAAAGUUCCAGAUUUCACUCUGGCAACUCUAAGCGCUCUGAAGUUGGACUAGCAGGGAGAGACCUGGAGCCAGCGGCAGCCUGUGUGUGUGUGUGUCAGAGUGAGUGAGUCCAGCUCAAGGGAUUCUCCAGCUGAGGGGGCUUAAGGAUAACUGUGUUCAGACGCUACUGAUUUAUUGUCAGGGGUAGAGGAACAAUAGGAGUAACAUUGGUUAGUGUGUAACACAAAGAGCUUUGCUGAUUUUAGACAAUAGUUGAGAUACUUUUUAAAAAUUUAGAAAAUGUGAAGAUUGUUUUUUGUAUUACAUUUUCUACUUUUGGAAUGAUAAUGAUCAUUUUCAUAGGAUGUUAGCAAAGUUAGCAAACACUUUUCAGUGACUUUUUAGAUUGUAUUUAAAUUUAAUUUCAAGUACAUCACUGUUUUAUGUAUUGUGUCUAUUAUUAUCAGUAGUAGUUAGGAAUAGCUGUAUUUUCCUAGAGAUCUGUAAUUAAGGGUGCUUAUCACUUUUUUUUUCUUUGUCUAAAUUACUGGCAAUUUCAGUAAAUCUAAAAAAGGGGAGAGAAAAGGAGAGAAAUAACCAGACUGUACAGCACUCUGUUCCAACAGAGCGGUGCGUUCUAGAAUGCUCUUUUGAGCCUUCAGGUUAGUUUACCUCAGAAGGCAUCACUACCACACACAGUCAUAAUGCUGGCUCACUCUCUCAACCAAGCAGUGGUUCUGGUUCUUGCUUUGUGCUUGGUGUGUUGGGCCCAGUCUGUGGACCCGACUCCCCACACCAUCACCUACCGUGUUCUGGAGGAGCAGCCAGCUGGAACAAAGGUGGGCCGGCUGGCCGACGACCUGCGUCAGAGAGGAGAUCAGGGGUCACUGGAGGAUUUCCAGGUCGUGGAGCGCGGGCAAGCCCUGCCCUUCGCUGUGUCAGCGCGGGGCGGAGAGGUGUCGACACUGGGCAGGCUGGACCGGGAGGAGCUGUGCCGUGGCGCGGACCACUGCGAGAUCGCCUUCAGCAUCCUCUACAGGAAGGGAGGUGCGAUGCACUUCCUGCGCGUGCGGGUGGAGGUGGUGGACCUGAAUGACCAUAGCCCUACAUUCCCCAGCCCCGAGCAGGACGUGGAGAUCUCAGAGAUGGCCUCUCUCGGGAUGAGGAUCCCGCUGGAGCGGGCAGUGGACCUAGAUGCUGGAGCGAAUGGACUGCAGACCUACUCCAUAUCCAGCAGCCAGCACUUUGCCCUGGAUGUGAAGACUGGCAGCGGGGGCACCAAGCAGGCCGAGCUGGUGGUGAUCAAAGAGCUGGACAGGGAGGUCCUGUCCUCCAUCGACCUCACAGUGUUGGCCUUUGACAAGGGGAACCCGCCCAGAUCGGGCAUGACCGUUGUGAGGGUCCACGUCUUGGACUCCAAUGACAACAGUCCAGUGUUUGAGGACGGAUCGCCCUCCGUGGAGCUCCCAGAGGACACCAGCCGUGGGACAGUCGUCAUCAACCUCCAGGCCACAGACCCUGACGAGGGAGCCAACGGGGAAAUUGAGUACUCCCUCAGUAAGCACGCCCCAGCGGAUGUCCAAAGGAUUUUCAGUGUGCAUCCCCAAACUGGGGCUGUGACCCUAGUAGGACCCUUGGACUAUGAGGAGAAGGACUCAUAUGAAGUGGACAUCCAGGCACGGGACUUUGGGCCUAAUGCCAUCACUUCGCACUGCAAGCUACAGGUCAAGCUACUCGACGUGAACGACAAUGCUCCGAGGAUACAUGUUACCUGGACACCACCAGAUUCGCCUGUGGCAACUGUUUCCGAGGAAGCGCCCAACGAGACGUUCCUGGCCCUGGUCAUGAUUUCAGAUGCAGAUUCUGGUAAAAACGGUGAGGUGCGUACUCACAUUCAGCACGGAUCGGGACACUUUCGUCUCAAGAGGAUCCACGGAGACAGCUACAUGAUCGUCACAAACGGGACUUUGGAUCGUGAAAAAACAAUGGAGUAUAACUUGACACUUUUCGCCCGGGACAACGGCCAGCCCUCUCUGUCUUGUGUACGCUACCUAACUGUUCGUGUGUUGGACGAAAACGACAAUGCCCCUGUCUUCUCCAAGACGCACUACAAAGCCACAUUCAAGGAGAAUAACAAACCUGGUUUUCAAGUUCUUACUGUAGAGGCCAGUGAUGUUGACUCGGAUCUCAGUGGCAAGGUGUCCUACUCCAUCCGUGAGUCGAAUGAUCUGGGCACUCCCUCGUUUUCAUUCUCAGUCCACCCCACCACUGGUGUAGUCACAGUCCAACAGUCUUUGGACUUUGAGGAAUCCCGCAUCUACACGUUUGUUGUGGAGGCCAUUGAUCAUGGUCAUCCCCCUCACACCAGCAGCACCACAGUAUUGAUUGAGCUCCUGGAUGACAACGACAACUACCCCGAAAUCACAGACCCCCCUCCCAAGGGUGGUGUGGCCAAGGUUAGUGUACCCGUGAAUGCAGACAAAGGCGAGAUAGUCGCUGAAAUGGCCGAGAGAACGAACGAGAGGCCAGUGUUCCUUCCCACCAAUCGGACCUCGACACACAGACACCAGGGCUACUUAGCCACAACUAUCAAAGCCCAGGAUCUGGAUUCAGACCUGAAUGGGAAAAUCCUUUUUAGGAUUGUCGAUGGGAACCCUUCUGGUUUGUUUUGGCUGGACACCAAAACAGGGCAACUCUACGUGAACACCACCAACGCCACUGACUUAAUCGGCAAGACGUUUAAGGUGGACAUUGCUGUAUCAGAUAUGGGUUCUCCAGUGCUUGUCACCCGCACAACUCUUGAGGUCAGUUUCAUCAACCUCUUGGACCACCUCAAGAACUCCUCUCCGGGACAGAAGGCCCAGCUGAGCUUCACCAUGUUGAUGGCCAUUUGCCUUGGUGCCUCUUGCCUGCUUCUGUUGUUGGCCGUCGCCUUGGUGACCACCUUCUGUCGCCCAGAGAAACGAGACAACCACGCCUACAACUGCAGGCAGGCGGAGUCAACCUACACGCGCCACCCUCGCCGGCCCCAGAAGCACAUCAGAAAGACCGACAUCCAGCUGGUGCCAGCCCUGAGGGGGCGCAGAGAGGUCGCCUCGGAGGACGAGGCCCAGCCACUCUCCUCUGGAACUCCAUCUCCACCACCGAUGGAGCUCCACACCGCAAGCCAGUUCAGCCUGACACCGCAAACCUCCCGAUUGGCCCUCAAUCACACCUUAGAUGCAAACAUGACGCUCCCGCUCAACCAGACCAGAACCUUGAGAAAGCCCGGAAGCAUUGAAUUUGACGGGAAUAUUCCCCACACCCCUGGCACGCCAUACCGGACGCUCCGCAAGGCGCGGAACCCCUCCUCUUCCACCAUGUCCUCGCUCUCUCAGGCAGGAACUCUGAAGCGCCACGCUAAUGCAGAGGUGCAUUGUGGGACACUGGAGAGUCAGCAGGGAAAUCUCUCUCCGGCGGUGUCUCAGGCGACGCUCAGGAGGCCCAAGAACUCAGACUCCCACAGCAGACAGGCUGAGCACGACCACAGGCAGAUGCUGAGGAACCUGGUGCGUCUGUCCAUGGCUGCCUUUGGAGAGAACAGCCCCAUUGAGCUGUCGUCUGCCUCCCCUGAAGUACAGCAGGUCUCUCAGCUGCUCUCGCUCCUUCACCAGGGCCAGUUCCAGCCAAGACCAAACUUCCGAGGCAACAAGUACUCCCAGCGCAACGGCCGACUGGGAGCGCAGGACGCUGAUUGGCUGAGCACCAAGGACAGUGGACACGGAGAGAGCGAGGCCGGCGAUGUGGACUGGGAGGCCGGUCGGGACUCGCCCGUGGACCCCCUCCUGGAGGAGGGCCUCCACCACCUGCUCAACAGCGCUGAUGAUGUGUUUGCAGAUGUGCCUGACCCGGGCUGGAUAGCUCGCCUCUCCCUUCCACUAGCUGGUGACUACCACGAGAACGUCUUCAUCCCGGACGGCCCCCCGUCCCCUGACGAUCGUCAUGACUCACAGGGCGGAGCCGACGACUCCACCUCCUCCUUCUCCACGUUCGGUAAAACGCUGGAGAAGGGCAGCCCGCUGGGCGGAGCCUUGCUGUCGGAGGUCAGCACGCUGUUCGAGAUGCUGCUGACGCAGAAGGCUGACGCUCAGCCGCGGCCCUCCGCCGAGGUGCUGUACAGACUGUCGGCGGCCUACCGCCGCUCCCUCGGCCUGGACCCACCGCCACCAGGGGGCGUCUCUCCCUCACGGCACCCUGCCGGCAGCGACAAGUACCCUGCUCCCAGCAUGCACUCCUCUGGUUAAGAGGCGUAAGGAGGAACUGUCAAAGUCACUGACUUUUCAGGGUGGUUCCGCUUGGAGACAUUCUUCUAGUCUAAGUAGGCUGCUUUCAUCUAGUGUUAUUUCCACAUAAAACCUCAAAAGUUGCUCAGCGAAUGCUUACUAGCAAACUUCUCCUGAGAGUGGUGCCAUUGAAAGACAUUCAUUUUCAUCAACCCUGCUCAGUAGUGUGCUUCUCUGAGAGCGUCCUUCCAUGUCUGAAGGUUUUUAUUUGUUCUAUUGUUUUGGCUGCGGAAGCCAAGGAGGCCGUGGACUCAGUAAACUCCACCGCGAAAGGAAGAGCUGCAAUCCCUGCUCUGCUUGCGCUGAGAAAUUCAGGGACGUUACUGCGGAUGUACAAAAGCCGCUAUUUCCCCACUCCAACGCUGCAUCCUGGCCAGGCGAGGACAGGUCAAGGCCAUCUGAAGACAACAGAACACUCAUUCUGAAUCCUCUUCACAUCAGAAUGACCCUCUGUACUUGUGUAUUUUGCGACAAUGUUAAAGAGAGUGUACACUUCCCAGAGAUAAAGGAACAAAAGUUGUCUUGUUCCUUUCACAGCAUAUGAUAGCAACAACAUUGCAAAUGAUAUUGACUUCUUUUGUGAACAAACUGGUGCUAUUCACUCUCACAAGUCUGUUUUAGGGUGUAUGACCUUACAAAUGCAGAGAAGGGAAAUAGCCAUUUGUCUUCACUGCCAGAGAUAACACCUCCACUUUCGAGCUCUGGGUCUCAUUCCAGAGAACAUGCCAGAACCACAGUAGAGCCCAUUAGGGCCCGCCGCUCUCCACUUCCUCCUCCACAGGCACAUGUUCUCUCUCUCUCACACACACACACACACACACACACACACACACACACACACACACACACACACACACACACACACACACACACACACACACACACACACACACGUACGUUGUGGUUGUUUUUUCCUACUGAUUUCUGUCCCAUGUAAAUACUUUUGUCCGUGAUUGUAUAAUAUUUGGAUUUCGUCACUAUGAAUAAUCAAAAUAUUAGAAUUCACAUAGUUCGGAUGCCGCUGUCUUGGCAGCACUGGUGAAUCCUCUUCAUCAUAUGCUAUUUAAAGCAGGAACGAAACUGUAACAGCAUUUUGAGAAUUCAAGUUGAAAUGCAUCCAGUCUCAAAACAUCCAACAUUUAUGGAACUGUUUUAUAUAAGUUAUUGUAAGAGAUGUAAUGAUUUCAGUAACACGGGAAUGUUGAGAUUUGCUAUUGUUCCAUUAUCCAAACAUACAGCACUUUGUAAAUAAACUCUUUGUAUAACAUUUUGAUAAAAUAAAACAUGAUAAACAAU